UUUGCGCGGGAUGGUGUGAGUGUAGAAAGGACAGAACUCUACAUCAAGGAUCCUAUCAAGUAUGCGCCCAAGCUUCGCAAUACUCGUAUUGAUAAAUGCGCGGCAAACACUAAAGCAAUGAAAAAGCUUCCUUGGAAUCGGGGACUGGUUCAUAAGUUCGCAGCCAAAGCAGAGGAGAUUGUUGCAAACUGUAAAGACGGCCGAUUUGGGACAGAAGCCAUCGAUUGGGUUUCCCUAUUUUCUGACCGACUUUAUGAUGUUUUCAAGCAAGUUGUCAAAGCACGACGUCAGCCCAAUGAAACUCAUGAAGCUCGUGUGUUGCGUCUUGUUCUGGCUGACACUGAGCGCAAAUCACGAAAUGCAAAAGUUAGCCUUCGCCAUGCAGUUCGUACCUCAUUCUUUUCUCCAUUUUCUGUUCAAUCGCUGAUGUUUACCUGUGCUAGAAACAUCUAUCUAGGAGUAAUGUCUCAGCACAGAUGA